AUGGCGAAGCAGCAACAACGGUCACCCUUCGUGAAGUUCGACGACAUACCUGGAUCCCUGCCAAACAGCAGCGUUCCAAAAGAUGCAGACCUUGACUCUAUCGCCCAGAAGGCUAUCAUAAAGCUUAACCAUCUACAAGAGUCUGAUCUUGCGUCACAUGCGACAUGGCGAGAUCUACUUUCCUUCACGGGCACUUACCGGACGUUCUACUCUGCCGCCACAGUACUUCGAACAUGGACACAGCUGAGUCAACAGAGCCGUCGAUCGGUGAUUCGACCAAAGGACGAUCGAAAGCCCAGACUGGCCCACGGCGGUGCGGGCAUUACUUGGGUUGAUGUGGAUUUUGUGUUCAAAGCACAGCAUGGGACCCUUCCGGAGGACUGCAUGGGUACCGCUUCACUGGCUUCCGACAAAGACGGAACAUGGAGAAUCUGGAUGCUGCGGACGUGGUUAGAGUGCUUCGAUGGUCGGGGUCAUCCUGAUGUCUUAGAGCCUGCCCAAGCAACUGCCAACGGUCAUGUGAACGGGGGUCACAAACCAGAGCCUGAAGUAUACGGAGCGAUAGUUGUAGGUGGCGGACAAGCUGGGCUCUCGACAGGUGGCCGCCUCAAAGCUCUCGGCGUACCGUAUGUUGUUCUGGAGAAGCAUGGCUCCGUUGGAGAUGUGUGGACGAACAGGUAUGAGUCGCUGCGAUGGCAUACGUCCAAGGAGUACGGCAAUUUGCCCUUCGGCCAUAGCUAUCCACUGGAAGACGACUAUAUGAUGCCGGCGAAACGUAUUGGCGCCGGACAGAAGCAGUGGGCGGAGAAAUACGAUGUUAACGUCCAGACCGGGUCAACGGUCAAGGAAACCACGUUCGACGAGACCAGCAAGAUAUGGACGGUAGGCGUUUCGAGAUCAGAUGGGUCGCAGGAAACUCUUCGCGCGAAGAAUCUUGUCAUUACUAUCGGGACCGGACACUCGACACCCGUCUAUCCAUCCUGGGCCACGCCAGAGAAGGUCGAAGCGAGCACUUUCAAAGGGACUGUUGUGCAUGCCUUCGCUGGCUACAGCUCGGCUCACAACUGGGCCGGUAAACGUGGCGUCGUGAUCGGGACUGCCAAUACCGGACACGACAUUGCAGAGGACAUGGCCAAUGCCGGCAUGGAAACUACCAUCGUCCAACGGAGUCCGACCUUCGUAUUUCCGGCUGAGUGGUUGCACGCAUCCGAGGAUAGGAACUACAACCCUGAUACGUCUGCCGAAGUGGCAGAUCGAGAGGAGUUCACAUAUCCGAACAAGAUCCUUCGUGAAGUCGUCAACAACCACGUCUGGGCCGGAAUCAAAUCGUCACCGGAGCGCUUCGAUGCGCUGGAGAAAGCGGGCUUCAUGCUCGAUCGAUUUGGAGAUACUUACAACAAUUUGUAUGUUCGGUUUGGAGGUCACUACGUCGACAUAGGCGCAUCUGCACGGAUCGCGAAAGGAGAGAUCAAGGUCCGCAAGGGUCCUAUCAAGGGUUUGACAGAAGACGGUCUAAUAUUCGAAGACGGAGGAGAACUCGGCGCGGACUUGAUCGUGCUCUGCACAGGCUUCGAUCAUGUGUUCCGGAAUGAUGCUGCGAGGAUUGUUGGCAGAGAGGUGGCCGAGCAGAUGGAUGAGCUCUUCGGGACGGAUGCUGAAGGGGAGAUUCGUGGGCAUGCGAAGCCUGCUGGUCAUCCAAACCUAUAUUACCAUGGCGGCGAUGUGAGGAUGGCGAGGUUCUUCUCACGGUUCCUUGCGCUGCAGAUUCAAGCGGAUGUGCUGGGACAACCCUUGGUGCCGUACUUGGACUGA